GCCAAGCGCGGAGCGCAGCCCCGCGGCGCGGCCCCGGCGGCGGAGCAUGGCGGGCGCGGGGGGCUCGGGGGGGCCGGGGCCGCCCUGGUACCACCGGGACCUGAGCCGGGCCGCGGCCGAGGAGCAGCUGGCGCGGGCCGGGCGGGACGGCAGCUUCCUGGUGCGGGACAGCGAGAGCGUGGCGGGGGCCUACGCGCUGUGCCUGCUGUUCCAGAAGCACGUCCACACCUACCGCAUCCUGCCUGACGAGGAGGACUUCUUGGCUGUGCAGACGUCGCAGGGGGUGCAGGUGAGACGCUUCAAGACGCUGAGCGAGCUGAUCGCGCUGUACCUGCAGCCCAACCAGGGGCUGGUCUGCACCCUCCUCUUCCCUGUCGAGAGGGAGAAGGAUAAGGAGAACACGGAGGACCGGGACUAUUCGGAUGGAGAGGAUGAGAAGCCGCCAUUACCGCCACGCUCUGGCUCCACCAGCUUCUCCAGCACCUCAGCAGGGCUCAGCCCCACAGGCCUGGGGCUGGCCGUGCUGGAGGGGCCGGCAGAGAGCACCAAUGGCCUCAGCAGCAUCUCCCACGAGUACCUGAAGGGCAGCUACUCGCUGGACCUGGAGGCGGUGAAGGGGGGGGCCAGCAGCCUCCCCCACCUCAACAAGACCCUUGUCACCUCCUGCAAAAGGCUGCACAGCGAGGUGGACAAGGUGCUGGCGGGGCUGGAGAUCCUCUCCAAGGUGUUUGACCAGCAGAGCUCUCCCACCGUUUCCAAGAUCCUGCAGCAGACGGCGGGACAGAGCGGGGAGCAGGAACUGGAGAGCCUGGUGCUGAAGCUAUCCGUGCUGAAGGAUUUCCUCUCCAGCAUUGAGAAGAAGGCGCUGAAAGCCCUGCAGGAGAUGAGCUCGGCUGCCCCCGCCGCCCCCAGCCAGCCCCUCUCCCGCAAGGCCAAGAGCAUCCCGGUGCAGACCUUCGAGGUGAAGCUGGAUGUCACCCUGGGGGACCUGACCAAGAUCGGCAAGUCGCAGAAGUACACGCUGAGCGUGGACGUGGAGGGGGGGAAGCUGGUGGUGCUGAAGAAGCAGAAGGACUCCCAGGAGGACUGGAACACUUUCACCCAUGACAAGAUUCGGCAGCUGAUCAAGUCGCAGCGGGUGCAGAACAAACUGGGCAUCGUUUUCGAGAAGGAAAAGGAUAAAACGCAACGGAAGGAUUUCGUUUUCGUCAGCGCCCGGAAGCGGGAGGCUUUCUGCCAGCUCCUGCAGCUGAUGAAGAACAAACAUUCCCACCAGGAUGAGCCCGACAUGAUCUCCAUCUUCAUUGGCACUUGGAACAUGGGCAGCGUGCCCCCACCCAAGAGCAUCACAUCAUGGUUCACCUCCAAGGGUUUGGGCAAGACGCUGGAUGAGGUGACUGUCACCAUCCCCCACGACAUCUACGUCUUCGGCACCCAGGAGAAUUCCCUGGGGGACAAGGAGUGGGUAGAUUUCCUCCGCGCCGUGCUGAAGGACUUCACGGAGGUUGAGUACCGCCCGGUGGCUAUGCAGUCCCUGUGGAACAUCAAGGUGGUGGUGCUGGUGAAGCCAGAGCAUGAGAACCGCAUCAGCCAUGUCAGCACCUCCAGUGUCAAAACAGGGAUCGCCAACACCCUAGGGAACAAGGGAGCCGUGGGCGUCUCCUUCAUGUUCAACGGCACCUCCUUUGGCUUCGUCAACUGCCACCUCACCUCUGGCAAUGAGAAGACAGCACGGAGGAACCAGAACUACCUGGACAUCCUGCGCCUGCUCUCGCUGGGGGACAAGCAGCUGAGCUCCUUUGACAUCUCCCUGCGCUUCACCCACCUCUUUUGGUUUGGGGACCUCAAUUACCGCCUGGACAUGGACAUCCAGGAGAUCCUCAACUACAUCAGCCGCAAGGAACUGGAGCCGCUGCUGAAGGUGGAUCAGCUCAACCUGGAGAAGGAGAAGCACAAGGUCUUCCUGCGCUUUGGCGAGGAGGAGAUCACCUUCCCCCCCACCUACCGCUACGAGCGGGGCUCCCGGGACACCUAUGUGUGGCACAAGCAGAAGCCCACGGGGGUCCGCACCAAUGUACCGUCCUGGUGUGACCGAAUCCUCUGGAAGUCCUACCCUGAGACUCACAUCAACUGCAAUGCCUAUGGGUGCACAGAUGACAUCGUCACCAGCGACCACUCGCCCGUUUUUGGCUCCUUUGAGGUGGGGGUGACAUCCCAGUUCGUCUCCAAAAAAGGGCUCUCCAAGUCCUCUGAGCAGGCGUACAUCGAGUUCGAGAGCAUCGAGGCCAUCGUGAAGACAGCCAGUCGCACCAAGUUCUUCAUCGAAUUUUAUUCCACCUGUCUGGAAGAGUUCAAGAAGAGCUUUGAGAAUGACAGCCAGAGUAGCGACAACAUCAACUUCCUCAAGGUGCAAUGGUCAUCUCGGCAGCUGCCCACGCUGAAGCCCAUCCUCUCUGAGAUCGAGUACCUGCAGGACCAGCACCUCCUGCUCACUGUCAAAUCCCUCGAUGGCUACGAGUCCUACGGGGAGUGCGUCAUUGCCCUGAAGUCGAUGAUCGGCAGUACAGCGCAGCAGUUCCUCACCUACCUGUCGCACCGGGGCGAGGAGACGGGCAACAUCCGUGGCUCCAUGAAGGUCCGGGUGCCCACUGAGCGCUUGGGCACCCGUGAGAGGCUCUACGAGUGGAUCAGCAUCGAUAAGGACGAGACGAUGGCCGGCAAAGGGAGGGUGCCGCUGGGUGCCAGAGCCAACCAGGACUAUGCCAAGUCAGCGGGGCGGAAGCCCACCAGUGCCGAGCCACCCGCUGCUGCUGCCCCAGCGAAGGUCCCAGAGGACCCCGAGAAGGGCAGCACCGCACUGGCCCCCCGGCCGCCCGCACCACACCGUGGCACCGCGAGGGACGAGGCUGCCCUGAGCCGGUCCAAGGUAGAGGCAAUACUGGAGCCGGCGGCGGGGCCGCUGAAGAACAGCUUCAACAACCCGGCGUACUACGUGCUGGAGGGGGUCCCGCACCAGCUGCUGGUGCCGGGGGACCCCGGCAAACCCCCUGCCCCCAAGGCCAAGGUGCAGCUGGUGGUGCCUGAGCGCCGCCGGCACCCCUCAGCUGGGCAGCUGGCGUGCCGCAGCGAGGAGAGCUCCUCGGAUGAGGAUGGCGGCACCCUCAACCUGCCGCCGCCCGAUUUCCCACCGCCGCCGCUGCCACGGGAGCUGGAGCUGCCCCCCGGCCCCUUCUACGGCAGCGCCAAGGAGGUGCCGGUGCCCACCGGGCGCGAAGAGCCCAAACCGCGGGCGGCUGCCGGUGGGGCCGCCUUCGGCGAGUCUCCCCCCCCCAAGCUGCACCCCCGGCCCCCGCCGGCUGCCGGGGCUGGGUUUGCACUGGAGGGGCCCGGUGGGACCCCCAUUACCGGGGGGCUGCCUGCGGCGGGGGGGUUACUGGACGACCGCUCUUGCUCAGUGCUGCAGAUGGCGAAGACGCUGAGCGAGGUGGACUAUGCCAGUGGGAAGGGGAGGGCGGCCCCCCCGCCGCCACUACUGGCCAAGGCAGGGCGGAUGGAGCUGCCCCCCCGCUGCCUGCCCCCUGAUUAUGGCCGCCCCCUCGCCUUCCCCCCCCACUCCAUCCGGGAGAGCAUCCAGGAGGACCUGGCUGAGGAGGCACUGUGCCAGGUGGGCCGUGGCGUGGGCACCGUGCCCGGCGUGGGCGAGUGGCUGCGGGCGCUGGGGCUGGAGCGGUACGAGGAGGGGCUGGUGCGCAACGGCUGGGACGACCUGGAAUUCCUCAGCGACAUCACGGAGGAGGACCUGGAGGAGGCUGGCGUGCUGGACCCCGGCCACAAGCGCGUCCUCCUGGAGAGCCUCCAGCUCCAUAAGUAGCUGCAGCCAGGCAUCCCGUGGCCCGAGCAUCCCGCAUCCCACAGCCGGCAUCCUGCAACCGGUAUCCUGCACCUGUACAUCCCACGGCAGAGUAUCCUGCAUCCCACGGCCGCGUAUCCCACAUCCAUGCAUCCCACCAUCACCAGCAGCAGUCGUCACCAGCACUGGUGGGAGCACCGGGACCCCCGUGGCUGCCUCCCAACCCACCCCGGGUGCUGGGCAAUGGUGGUGGGCAAGGACUUGGGGGGGCAGGGGGGUGGCGGGUCCUGGUCAGACAAUUUCAGGGGGGGGGGUCCCACCAAUGGGGCCUCCCCUUGUUUAAGUUAUUUCUUAUUUAUUGAGAGAAGGGAUGAGCAUUCAUCUCGUGGGCCCGGGGGUUCUGUGGUGAAGGGGGGGGUUUAGGGUGAACCCCAGGGACCUCUGGCUCCCACCGUGGCCCCUCGCAGCCAGGGAGGAGGAGGAAGAGGAGGAGGAGGAGGCCCUGAGCAUAGCUGUGUCUCAACCCAAGUGCCUUUGUGAUGUCCGGCUGGGCCCGAGCUGGGAUGUGGGACCAGAAAGAAUGGGAUGGGGGGGGGGGGGGGGGGGGCGCUCUGCCUCCCACCACUGACGACACCGGUUGGAGGUUGAGGUGCCUGUCCCUACCCUGUUGGUCCCAAACUUACCUGGGGGGUCCCACCACAGCAAAGCCGGGUCAGUGCCUUCACCCACCCCCCCUCUCACCACCACUGGUGCCUCUGGGGUGUCUGCCCCUACCCAGCUCCCAGUUUGUCCAUUAGGUACUUGUUGGAUCCGUCCCCUCCCGGGGGCUGCAUCGCCUUCGGUGGCAGUGGGGCUGUUACCCAGAUCCCCCUAUGGGUGCUCAGCCCCCACCCUCACCAAGUGCUCUUCGGGGGGAUCCCCAGGGUGGGGGUACCCGGCAUGGGGAUCCCCUAGCCAUACCUUCCCUGCUGGGGUGACCCUCCCAAGCUCUCCCAGUCCCCGUGGGCUGCGCCCCAGGGGUGAUGGGGGGGGGGGGGGGUGAUGCCCACCCCCAGUCUGGCUCCUCAACCCCACCCCCACCCCCAGACCCCCUGUCCAGGCCCUGCUACUGCCGCUCUGACUGAGAUGAAGGAUGGGCCGGACCCCC